AUGGACUUGUCACCAUUGGUAUUGGGGAAUAAAUGCGAAGAUGAUCAUUCGUUGACACAACUUCCAAUUGAUAAUGUUUUUCCCUUUGAAAUUGACUCUCAAAAUGUUGGAAAUAAAACUGUAUAUGAUGUAGAGUCAGAAGGUAAUGAUGUCAAUUGCAAGAACGAUAUGAAGCUCAUAGAUGGAGUUGAAAAUGUGGAAGAACCUAAAGAAGGAAUGACAUUUGACUCUUUAGUUGAACUUGCUUCUCAUUAUAGGACAUAUGCAAAGCAACAAGUUGAAGUGGGGGGGUUUGAGCAUCUAUCAUUUGGAGAAAAAGAUUGUCGUAAUUUUAUUGCCAAGUCAAGGCAUCUUCGGCUUGGCACAGGAGGCACUGGAGCUCUUUGUGACUAUUUCAAAAGGAUGCAAGCAAUUAAUAAUGAUUUCUACUUUGCCAUAGAUUUUGAUGAUGAUUGUAGGUUGAGAAAUGUGUUUUGGGCUGAUGCACGAAGUAGGGCGUCGUAUGAAGAUUUCGGGGAUGUGGUUACAUUUGACACGACCUACUUGACUAAUAGAUAUGAAAUGCCAUUUGCUCCUUUUGUGGGAGUUAAUCAUCACGGUCAGUCAAUACUUUUUGGGGCGGCAUUAAUAUCAAGUGAGGAUACAAAGACAUUUGUAUGGUUGUUUGAGACAUGGUUGAACUGCAUGAAUGGACGAACGCCAACUGUAAUUAUAAUAGAUCAAGAUAGGGCUAUGAAGAAUACAAUUGGCAUUGUUUUUCCAAAUACCCAACACAGAUGGUGUUUAUGGCAUAUAUUGAAAAAACUUCUAGAAAAAUUUGGAUCACAUUCACAGUACCAUGCCAUUAAGAGUGCCGUACGAAGUUGUGUGUAUGAAUCUCAGACAUGCGAUGAGUUUGAUGUAAAAUGGCAAAGGCUACUUGAUUGUUAUAAUCGGAGGGAUAAUGCAUGGUUGUGUGGGUUAUAUAGUGAGCGUACUUUUUGGGUACCAACAUAUUUAAAAGAUGUAUUUUGGGCUGAAAUGACUACCACGCAACGGAAUGAAAGUAUGAAUGCUUUUUUUGAUGGUUAUGUGCACUCAUCAACCACAUUGAAGGAAUUUGUUGAUCAAUAUGAUAGCGCUUUGCGUAGAAAGGUUGAGAAUGAGAGUGUUGCUGAUUUCAUCUCUUUUAAUGAGACAAUUGCAUGUCUAAGCAGGUUUCCUUUUGAGAAGAAAUUUCAACAACUUUACACCAUCACAAAGUUCAAAGAAGUACAAGAGGAGAUUAAAGAAGUGAUGUAUUGUAAUAAUUCUCUUAUCACAAGAGAAUGUGCAAUGUGUACGUAUCAAGUGACUGAAAAGAUUUGCGAAGAAACACAACAAUAUGCAUUGGACACAAAUAAAGCUUUGUUGCCUUCCAUAACUAAUAUUCAGCAUGACAAUGGAUCUCAAAUCCUGCAGAAUCAUGUUGUGCCUUGUUUUUCCAACGAAUGUUGA